AUGGUUUACUUCCUAUGGGAGAGGAAGCAGAAUUAUAUAUCCUUACACAUACUCAGUGAAUUGGGUCUGUUCCAUAUUGAUUUGUUUUCCCUGCACUUUCAGGUUCAUGCUGAAUACUCUAGAUUUGUGAAUCAGAUUAAUACUGCUGUACCUUUACCAGGCUAUACACAACCCUCUGCUAUAAGUAGUGUCCCUCCUCAGCCACCAUAUUAUCCAUCCAAUGGCUAUCAGUCUGGUUACCCUGUUGUUCCCCCUCCUCAGCAGCCAGUUCAACCUCCUUACGGAGUACCAAGCAUAGUGCCACCAGCUGUUUCUUUGGCACCUGGAGUCUUGCCAGCAUUACCUACUGGAGUUCCACCUGUGCCAACACAAUACCCGAUAACACAAGUGCAGCCUCCAGCUAGCACUGGACAGAGUCCGAUGAGUGGGCCUUUUAUUCCUGCUGCUCCUGUCAAAACUGCCUUGCCUGCCGGCCCCCCGCCCCCGCCCCAGCCCCAGCCCCCACUCCCAAGUCAACCUCAGGCACAGAAGAGGCGAUUCACAGAGGAGCUACCAGAUGAACGAGAAUCUGGACUUCUUGGAUACCAGCAUGGACCCAUUCAUAUGACUAAUUUAGGUACAGGCUUCUCCGGUCAGAAUGAGAUUGAAGGUGCAGGAUCGAAGCCGGCAAGUUCCUCAGGCAAAGAGCGAGAGAGGGACAGGCAGUUGAUGCCUCCACCAGCCUUUCCAGUGACUGGAAUAAAAACAGAGUCUGAUGAAAGGAAUGGGUCUGGGACUUUAACAGGGAGUCAUGAUUAUCCAGUCAAGAAGAUGAAAACUACAGAGAAAGGAUUUGGCUUGGUGGCUUAUGCUGCAGAUUCAUCCGACGAAGAGGAGGAACAUGGAGGUCAUAAAAAUGGUCAUUCCAGUAUACCAUUUACCUGGUCCAGCCUUUUCCAAAUGAAUAGCCCCUAUUCUGACGUAAAGCAAGUUUUAUUUGUAUUUUACUACUGUUUGGUGAAUUUUGAUAAUAACUGGUUACAUACAAAGCCUUACUAUUUAUUAGUGGGGAAAUGAUUUUAAGACCAUCCAUCCUUUCAGUACUUAAAUCUAAGAACCUCCUCAUCCCUGUUUCAUUUUUGGAUUCUUUGUUUUGGAAAAUGUGGUUUUACUAAUUUAAAACUGUUGGAUAUAGCUGGAUCCUGGGAUAGUGAAGGUUUUUUUUUCCAUUGGGAUGAUCCAAAGCUGGCACCUUCAGGCACUCUUGUCUCAGAUAGCCGUUGCUGUUUUUAUUGCCCGUCUAAGCUCAUUGUCUUCAGCUGGGUCAGAGACAACUACUUGAUCAAAAGCUGGUCAGAACUCAUCACAGAAAUGAAACCCAGUGGUCUGUCUCUCUCAGAACUGGUUGCAGCUAAAAUAGAGAGAUUUGACUGCUUGCAAUAGAAUGGUGGACUUAGUGACUGAAAUUGCAACUUGUCCUUUUUCUUGGCAUUACAGGUUUUGCCAAAAGAACUUUUUUGUAUCAAAUAUUGAUGUGUGAAAGUGAAGGAGCUAGUCUGCUGAACCAGGAGUAGUUUGAGAUACCGAACUGUCAUUUUUGCACAUUUGAAUACUUUGCAGGCUGGCUUUGUAUAAACGUAUCCUCUGGUUUCCUAUAUGUUGUAAAUAUUUAGACCAUAAUUUCAUUAUAAAUAA